GUGUUGGGUAUAGACUUAAUCCCAUAAAUUCCAAAAGUCAACUGGUUGCCACUCUGUCUUAGCUACAGUUCAUCCCCUAAUCACCUCCUUUUUAUAACAAUUAAUUCUCCAAAUCAGAACAGUAAAGAGGGAAAAAAUAGGAGAAAAGAGGCAAGAAGAUGGGAAGGGUGAAACUGAACAAUGAUCCAACUUCAAGCCUAAAGCACUUUAGUCAUCCACAUGAAUUGGAGUUAUGCACCCAACUCCAAGAUCUAAGCCCUUGUUCAGGAUGCAGACUUCCACCAUCAGGCCAAAUGUACAUAUGUAGGCCUUGCAACUUCACUCUUCAUUUAAGCUGUGCUAAAUUCCCACAGCUGAUUACUCACCCCUCUCAUCCGAACCACCCUCUCAACCUCCUCCCAACGUCCAAAUACCCCGGUGGCCAGUUCAAUUGUGAUGCCUGUAAACGCCAUGGAACCGGCUUUAGCUACCAUUGCAGUUAUUGUGAGUUUGAUCUCCAUGUGAUUUGUGCAUCUAAACCCCUCAAAAUCACACACGAACUGCACCAAUGCUCGCUUGAACUCACCUUCAAGAAUCCUUAUGCUAAUGCCAAAGGCUUCUCUUGUGAUGUAUGCCGCAAGAUUGGAGUCAAGCAGUGGCUUUAUAGAUGUCCUGCUUGUGAGUUUGAUGUUCAUUUGGAUUGUUUAACUUCUGCCCCUAGGCAGGAAGCUUCACAGUCAACUACCCUCCAGCACCACCAUUCAUUCCCAGGGGCUCCUAACCAAUUCCAGCAGGCUACUGUGGGUAGACAAGCAAGGUCACAGCAUUUGAUGCAUGCCGCAAGCACAGGUGCAAUAACUAACAACCAUGCUCUACAGCCUACAGUAUUUCAAGGACAAGCGAGGCCAAACCAGCUGUUUCAUAGUGCUAGUACAAGUGCAGUUCCGCAGCAACAGUUCCUACAACCUCCUAUAACUCAAGGACAAGCAAGGCCAAACCAGUUGUUUCAUAGUGCUAGUACAAGUGCAGUUCCACAGCAACAGUUCCUGCAACCUACUAUGAUUCAAGGACAAGUGAGGCCAAACCAGUAUAUGCAGACUCCAGGAUUCGGGAAUAAUUUAAUGAAUGCUGCAAUACAAGGACUUGUAGAAGGUGCAGCUCAACAGGCUGGUCAGACUUUCAUGCAGGGGAUCAUAGGUGGUGGUGACAAUAAUGGUGGAAAUGAAGGAUCAUCAAUCCUGGGAGGCAUUUUUGGUGACUCGUCAGACACGCAAUACUAGAUUACAUAUAUUAUUUAUUUCCAUUUUACUUGUCUGAGUAUAACAGGUUAGGUUCGGG